AUGGGGCUAAUAGACCCCUGCUCGUAUGGACUAAUAGACCCCUGCACGUAUGGGCUAAUAGACCCCUGCUCGUAUGGACUAAUAGACCCCUGCACGUAUGGGCUAAUAGACCCCUGCUCGUAUGGACUAAUAGACCCCAGCACGUAUGGGCUAAUAGACCGCAGCACGUAUGGGCUAAUAGACCCCAGCAUGUAUGGGCUAAUAGACCGCAGCACGUAUGGGCUAAUAGACCCCAGCACGUAUGGGCUAAUAGACCGCAGCACGUAUGGGCUAAUAGACCCCAGCACGUAUGGGCUAAUAGACCGCAGCACGUAUGGGCUAAUAGACCCCAGCACGUAUGGGCUAAUAGGCCCUAGUAAUCUUAUAUUCUAA